AGUUGUUGUGACGUCACUCACCGGGAGAGCACAGAGCAAGGAGAGAGAAAGGCGCGUCUGUAGACUGUAUCUGCGGUUGCCUGACGAAGAAAAGCGGCAAGCCCGAAGAACUGGCACGGAGAUCAGGGAUGGUGAUGCCGAUAUAUACUGUGUCAUCAUCAUCACUAACGGAAAAAUUUAUCGAAAUCCUGAGGUAGAGAAAUAAACUAAACCGGAGACGGUCUAUUGCGCGUUUGGUUUUGGGUUUUUUAUCCGAUAAAGGUCGGGAGUUAUCGCUUCCAAAUCGAAAGAUCUACAUCAUGAUCUACAUGUAGAAGAACUAAGAAGAGAGGUAUCCACAGAACGAAUGCACGGUGAGCUAUCCCUGUGCGUAAAAUGGCAAGCGUACUAUCUGGCGGAAACUAAACGGAUAUAUAGCCCUCCUGCAUAGCGACAUGGUGGUGCUGCCUGCUUCUGAGUCUAUUCCUGCGCGGGAGUUGUGUGGAACAUGUACUGGAGGAGAGUGGUGAUCAGCGCACCGAAUUAACGUAUCCGCGCGCAACAGUCAGAGAGAGGGAGCGGAGAGAAAGCUGCUGGUGAGCCUGCCGUGACCAAAUCACUGACGCGGGGGUGAAGUGGUAGUGGGAAUGCCAGCACUUCAAAUGAUGGGGGUUUAACGGCCCCGCUUCAUACUGGAUAAACCCACAGUUCAAUUUUGACCCAGCACUGUGUCCUUUUCCACGGCCGGGAUCAUCUAUUUUCCCCCUUCAGCUGACGGAUUGACUAGUAUUUUUAGUUGCCCCAGCUAUUUCCGAAUCGAACUAAAGGAGGGUUUCGUUUGUGUAUUCCACACGUGUUGUAGCCUAUUUUCUCUCUUUUUUUGGGGUGAGAAGCAUUGCGCUGGAUGGGAGCAGAAUGGAAGGCUGUGUGUGUCACUGAAGACUUCUGGCUUCUCUCCUCGGGUGUUUGAAUUAAGCCGACGCCACUUUCCAGCCAGGAUGCAGCUUCUCAGAGUUGCCUGGGCUUUAGCCGGAGCGGCAAUCUGUUGUUUUGUUAUUCUUCUCAUCCACUCACGCUUGCUCAAAGAAGGUCAGCUGGCAGCGGGGACAUGUGAGAUUGUGAUGCUGGACAGGGACAGCAGUCAGCCCAGACGUACCAUCGCCAGACAGACUGCACGGUGCGCCUGUAAGAAGGGACAGAUCGCUGGGACGACAAGAGCCAUGCCAGCCUGUGUGGACGCUAGUAUCGUCCUAACCAAACAGUGGUGUGAGAUGGUCCCAUGUCUGGAAGAUGAGGGCUGUGACCUGUUAAUCAAUACAUCUGGAUGGACUUGUACACAACCAGGAGGCAGAGUCAAAACCACUACGGCUCUAUGACGUGACUGGAGUCGCUGUGGGUCCUCCAUUCCUCUGACAGUACCAUGGCGGAGGAGAGCAUUGAUGAAACCUGACAGACAGCCUCAGCCCACACCACCAACCCCACACCCCCAACCACCACCACCUGUCCAUUACUACAGACAUGAACAACCUACACAACCAACUCUAAACCAUGCUGGGUAUUAUCCACAAAGUAAGGUCUCUUAAACACAGUCAACGACAACCAAUUCCGGAGUGUUUGAGGGCACUUGAAGUCGAGAGUGAGGUCUCAUCUUUGACUCUGGAGAAGCUGUUUCCUGUGUCCUGUGCCCUGACUCCUGGCUCCACCACUCUGCGGCUCCGACCAACCAAUGACCAUCCGCUGUAGAUAACCCACUGUCUGUCAUUGGAUCAACAUGUCCGUCUGCCUCCUCCUAUUACCGUCCGUCUGCUUUGUAAAUGAGCAGAACCCUCUAGUGCCAUGGAGGUCUGGUGUCCGUCAGCGCCUUGUCCAGAGAGGGAGAGAGUGGUAACUAUGGAGCCAUUUUGGAUCGUCUACUGUACUGUUCAGCUACUGUCUGCUAAUGUUCAGCGGACAGAGGACUCCCACUUACUUCAACCUCAUCUGCUUCUGUUAGACUGUAAUGGGACAGAGAGAUGUGUCCCAAAGAACAGGAUUAUUGUGAACCAGGCCUGAGGCUCUCUGAUGUGUCUGACCUAGCGCCAGACUAUGGACUGGAUGAAACAUUGGACUGGAUCUAUCCAGACUAUGGACCAGACUGGACCAGAUCCUACUGCUCACUGCUUGCCCUGUACUCUGCUGUGAAUAGGCCUUCUGCUGGAGGAGUACACCUUUGGCGCUCUCCAUAUUUUUAUAGACCAAAGAGUAUAAAAAUAACAGUUUAUUGUAAAACGAGAUGGACCAGAUUGGGAAAGAGAAAUGGAUAUUUGUUUUUCUCGCUACACAACAAUGACUGCCCUCAUAGCUGUAGAUGUUGGGCUUUAUGUCAUUUCGAACAUAGACUAUAGAGUCUAGUGGGACACGUAUACAAUCAAAGGAGUUACAUUAAAAAGCGUUGCUGACAUUUUUUUCUCUGACUAAACCCACCACUGUAUUUUGAAACAGGAGAUAUAGGCAAACAUAUAUCUGUGUAUAAAAAAAUCUGAUUUGCAUUUUUCAAUUGCUACAAAUUGGGACACAUUGCAAUAAGCAUGGUUAGUAAAAACGGUAAAAGAGUAAAACUACUGAUCAUCGAAAAAGAGAAUAUUGAAACUGUCAUUUCUGAUUGCGGAUGGCGGACGGGGGAAAGAUACAUUUCAUUAAAUUUAUUUUGAAAGGCCUAAAACUUAUAUAUUUAACAGUUUUAUAUGUUGUACCUUUGUAGAGAACCUUAUUCGACAUGAAUAACGUGGUCACAAAAUGGCAGCCAUAGAACGUGAGAAACAAGAUCUCUAACGCUGGUUUGUCCUGCUCUCUUUCUGUUCUCAUGACAAGUAGCUUCUCUCCUCUCAUACUUCUAAUCUCACAAUCUAUCAAUCACAGAAAAGGACAAAAUGCACUUGAGUUCACUCAGAAUGUGUGUGAGAGUGUCUUGUGAGAGUGUCUUGCAGUGUAUGGUUUUAAUGUGGUCAUUAACUCUGACAUAGCAUAAACAAUCUGACUGAACCCUCAAUGCUGUUGCCCUUUAUCUGCAACUGAAUGAAUGCCGGCCUGAGAGUCACUAUCUAUCAAAAACAUGAACAAUUACAUUACAACAUGAAUUGAGCUCAUCACAGACAGAGCUUUUGUCACUUUAGUCAAUGAGCAGCCUUUGCAACCUGCUAAUUGCUGCAGUAUUGCAUUGUAAAAGGUGUGGAAUACUGUCUCAUUUCUCUAUAAUAUAUAAUUUAUUUUUGGGCUUGUGUUUGUCGCACAAUGCUGACCUCCAAUCUCCAGUGAAGAAGAUGAUGAUGACACGCGAAGAAUGGAGGCAUUGCGGAAAAAGUGUUGGAAUCAUUUACAUGAGAUACUUUCUUAUCAUGAAAUAUUUUAAGAAUAAAUUAAAUACAUGAAAGAACCAUCCCUUGCUAAUAUAGACAUUUUGGUAUUCAAAGUCAUCCAAUUUAUUCAAGGAAGUAAGAUUUAUCAUACCUUAUUUUGUAUUAUGUUUAUUUAAUUGUUCUGUCCUAUAUGCCAAAAACUGACAGCCAGAGAUAGUUGUUUAUUUUCUUCUAGAUCAUCUACUUUACAGUGUCUAAUUGUCCACAUGUAAGUUCCUUAUACAUAUCUAAUAGCUAAACACCUGAUAUACAUAAGUAAACCAAAUCAAAUGAUUUAUAGACAGUCUCACUGGGAUUUGAUUACAAUAACAUAUGAAUAUGAAUGUAUUGAUGCAGAGUUGAUAAAGGCAUUUGCUCUGUGACAGUUAGGACAGAAAUAAUAGAAGGUGACUGACUCCAUGUGUGUAUGCUGCUGGCUGUAUGCAUUAUGGUGGAAGGGAUUCCAUAGUUAUACAAGAAUAUACAGUACAUACAGUGAGUGAAAAAAAGUAUUUGAUCCCCUGCUG